UCCUUCAGUGAAGAUCAGAAUCUAGGAUCUCACCAGCACAGACACUGGGCUAAGCAAACUUCUUAGCUCUCACUAUGCUUGAUCUUGGCUCCUGGCCACGCAGUGUCCUACUGCUGACCCUUCUCCUGGAACUCACAGGAGCAGAUGAGCAGGAGCUGAAGGUGAUUCAGCCUGAGAAAACAGUUUCUGUCCCUGCUGGAGAGUCAGCCACUCUGAACUGCACUGUGACCUCCCUGACCCCUGUGGGGCCCAUGAAGUGGUUCAGGGGUACAGGACAACGUCGGUGCCUUAUAUAUAGUUACACAGGAGAGCGGUUCCCCAGAGUCACAAAUCUCACAGAUGCAACAAAGAGAAACAACCUGGACUUUUCCAUCCAUAUCAGUAAUGUCACCCCUGCUGAUGCUGGCACCUACUACUGUGUGAAGUUCCAGAAGGACACAUCAGCAUGCAGGAAAGAGCUUCAGUCAGGGGAAGGCACCACAUUAUAUGUGCUUGAAAAGAAGACAUCAGACACUGCUAAAGUACUUAUAUUUGUGCUCCUUGGAACCAAACUGCUGCUGGCAAUUGGUGUCUCUUCCAUCUACCUUCACAAGAAGCAGAAGGCCUAACUGAAGGAGGAAACCGGUAGUAGAGAACAUUGAAACACUAUGAUACGAUGUGCAAGUGAUGAAAGGAGUAUUGAAUCAGAACUGACUUUCUACAGCUCUUCUCUCCGUCUUCUGCUACAGAAAACCCUGAAUAUCUGACAUCACCUUUCUUUGAGGAGCUCAACAUAGAAGGAGAAGAUGCUGGUGAGACAUGCUGGAAGGUGUGUCUCCUACUAUCUGCCUUACAAGGACAACUGCAACUCACAAGUUCUUGUUAUUCACCUGCCUAGCAUUGAUAGUCCAGAGCUGUGAUGUUGGUUAUAUUAGAAUACAUUUUGGGGGUUUUUAAUAUCAUUAAAUAAAGAAUUUAAAGAUGAA